GCAUCGGGCCCCCAGGAGGGGCGACAGGCAUCGGGCCCCAGGCGGGGCGACAGGCAUCGGGCCCCCAGGCGGAGCGACAGGUCUCGGGCCCCCAGGCGGAGCGGCGGGCGCCGGACCCCCAGGUGGAGCGACAGGUCUCGGGCCCCCAGGUGGAGCGGCGGGCGCCGGACCCCCAGGCGGAGCGACAGGUCUCGGGCCCCCAGGCGGAGCGGCGCGGGCACCGAGUCACCAGGCACGACAGUGGGGGCUCCGAGUCAACUGGCAAGACUGCGGGCACCGAGUCAACUGGCAAGACUGCGGGCACCGAGCCAACUGGUGGAACAGCGGGCUUCGAGUUGUCUGGCAAGACUGCGGGCACCGAGUCGUCUGGCAAGACUGCGGGCACCGAGUCGUCUGGCGGAACAGCGGGCAUCGAGUCAACUGGCGGAACAGCGGUCUUCGAGUCGUCUGGCAAGACUGCGGGCACCGAGUCGUCUGGCAAGACUGCGGGCACCG